AUGGCCACGCCCACCGCCGCGCCAAUGACCCGCUUCCGCCGGCUGAGCCGAGACGCAGCCAGCGUGAGGAAGUCGUCCUCGCCCUUCGCCGCAAUGGUGUCUGCCUGGGGGGGGCGGGGCGCGGGAGGUGCGGGGGGGCAGGCCGGGCGGUCCCGCCGGCUCACGGCCUGGUGGGGGGGAGCCGGCAGCUCAGCUCCUCAAAGCCGGAGGAAGGAGGGAGGGAGAGGCAGAGCGGGCAAGGCGGCCAAAGGUCAAAGGUAUAUCCAGGCAGAGCCGCCCACUAACAAGUCCCUGUCCAGCCUGGUUGUCCAGCUGCUACAGUUCCAGGAGGAGGUGUUUGGGAAACAUGUCAGCAACCCUCCUCUCACCAAGCUGCCGAUGAAAUGUUUCCUGGACUUCAAGUCAGGGGGCGCUCUCUGCCACAUCCUGGCUGCAGCAUACAAAUUCAAGAGUGACCAGGGCUGGAGGAGGUUUGACUUCCAGAACCCGUCUCGAAUGGACCGGAAUGUGGAGAUGUUCAUGACUAUCGAGAAGUCCCUGGUCCAGAACAACUGUCUCAGUCGGCCCGUGAUCUUCCUCAGCUCCGACAUUGAGCCCAAGCUGCUGGGAAAACUGAAGGACAUCAUCAAACGUCAUCAGGGCUCUGUGACGGAGGACCGGGCAGCCAGCUCCCUCAUUGUGGUGCCCAUCCCUGCCAGCCUGGAGGAGGGUGAGGGGCAGAGCUCUGUCAUACUGGGGGUGUUGGGCUUCAAUACGAGGGGAAAAGAGAGCAAUACUGAAUGUGGCUGUUUGGGGAGGGGGGAACUUUAUGACACUUGGAUCCCCGCCAGCGAAGUGGAGGCUGCAGUGGAGGAUCCACCCACUCCCGAGAAACCCCGCAAGGUCCACGCCAAGUGGAUCCUGGACCUGGACUCCUUCAACGAGUGGAUGAACGAGGAGGAUUACGAGGUGGGGGAGGGGCCGCGCCGCAAGCGCAUCUCCGCCAAGACGCUGACGGACGAGGUCAGCCCCCCCGACGGCGAGCGCCGCGACAGGAAGCCGGGCAACGCCAAGAAGAGGAAGCGCUCGCCCUCCCCUUCGCCCACCCCCACGCCCGAGACCAAGAAGAAGAACGCCAAGAAAGGCCCAACAGCCCCCUAUGCCAAGUCGAAACGCGGGCACCGCGAGGAGGAACAGGAGGACCUGACCAAGGAUCUGGAUGAGCCCUCACCUGUGCCCGCAGUGGAAGAGGUCACUCUGCCCAAGAACGUCAAUACGAAGAAAGACUCCGAGUCGGCCCCAGUAAAGGGAGGAACCAUGACUGACCUGGGUGAGUGA